CAGGCAGUCCAGGACAUCACGCGGAACCAGGAUGUCACCCCAGGGGAGAUUGUGUCACUCAUAUUCGAGAAGGUCGACGUCAACGGAGAGGGUAAGAGUCACCACCUGUCUGUCUUCCUGGAGGUUAUUAUGAGUUGACCCCUGACCUGUCCCCUUCUCCCCCCACAGGUGAGCUGACCCUAGAGGAGUUCAUCGAGGGGGCGAAGGGUCACAACGACAUCAUGGAGAUGCUGAAGAAGAUGAUGGACCUCACGCCCGUACUCAUCAUCAUCGUCCAAGGAAUAGUAGUCUGAGAGAGACCACCGCCGUAGCCACCCUGUGCACCUGAGAGAGACGACAGAAACACUUAAGUCCCAUCACAAACAUUUACCCCACAAACUAAUAAUUGUGAGAUUUGCCUGCACAACGGACCUGAGGGAAUGUGUUUCCUUAUGAAACAAGACUGUUGUUCCCCAAUGAGGGUUCUACGUCACACAGCCAGGUCUGGGGGUGGAGACAAUGUAGUCCGUGCGUAGUGGACCCCAGGAAGAGGAGCAGCUAACGGGGUUCCGAAUAACUAAUGAAUAAAUAGUCCCAGACUACAGAGGACUCAGGCAUCCGGUCCUGUACUGCAGCCCACUAACCACCCACAGAUGAAGGGAUGGAUGAAGGGAGGAAGACAUUGAGAAACCCUUCUUCAACACCAUCACAACAAACAAACUGAAUGAAACAGGACAUUUAAAGGGACAGCUGUGGAAAGCGGUAAAGGUACCAUCUUCACAUUCUACAUGUUUGUGUUUGCUCUGACCACUCAGCCAGAUGGACACUUGGAUUCUGAGAGAGAGAGAGAGAAUUCUCUAUUAUAAAUCAUCACUAUAGGGCCAGGCGUUUUCCUGACCGUGUGACCAACACAAGGAGAUGCUUUGGGCUUUAGUUAUAGGCUAUGUUCAGGAGUCAGGUCACAUGUUCAGGAGUCAGGUCACAUGGUCAGGAAAAGGUAUUGUCUCUAAUAAUAUCCUCUGUAGGUAAGAUCACAAACAGGCACGUGCAUAGAUAGAGCCCCUAGGGGUUCUGAAGUGCCUGCCCUUUUUACCUCGUAUGGAAAAGGUGCCCUUUGGAUUGGUGGAAUUACUUUGUUCUUUUUCCCCCCAGGCCUUUUCCCCUCGUUUGACACUAGGAGAGCCGAGAGCGUCAUGUUGACAUUUUUAAUUACUCUGCCAUUUUGAAAGUCACGCCCCCUCCCCCCGUCCUUUACUUUUCCUUAAUAAGUCUAUAUAACACAGAAUCUUAAUAUCACAAACAGAAUUUGUGUUAUGAGCGGUUUUACGAGGACAUUUUUUCUCCCUGCCCCUCUUUCACCACCAGUCAUUCACAGUCAGUCUGCCUGCCCAGCUGAUGGCUCAUCGAAACUGCACCUAAACUAUAUCGAAACUAAUUUCACACAUUUAAUAAUAGAGUUAGCCUAAAUUGACAAUUGUCUGAUGG